CUUUCUUUCGUGCGCGCCUGUCAUCGUCCGGCUCAGAGCCGCCACAGCCUCGCCGUCGAUUCUCUCCCCUCCCCUUCGUCCUCACGAGCGACGAACGUCACGAACCCCUCCUCCACCUCCUGCUACUAUCGGCGCCGGAGCCCUCCUCUGGUCUCACCGUGCAAAUCCCCAACCCCGAGGCAGACGCAGGCCAGCCCCUGUGAUGGCACAGACCAACGGCAACGACCCCUUCAGUCCCCCUGUUUCCCAAGAAAGGGUUGUGAUAACAAACAAGCAUGGUGAGAGGCUUGUGGGGCUGCUGCAUCACACCGCUUCAAACAAGAUUGUGGUCUUGUGCCAUGGUUUUAUAGCUACCAAGAAUGACAGCCUCAUUCUUGACCUGGCGGAAGCGUUGACAAAGGAAGGGAUCAGUGUCUUCCGCUUCGAUUUCAGUGGAAAUGGAGAAAGUGAAGGCCAGUUUGAGUAUGGCAACUACAGGAAGGAGGCUGACGAUUUGCAUUCUGUUGUAUUGUAUCUGUGUCAAAAAAGUUAUGAUAUAGCAGCUGUUGUUGGUCAUAGCAAAGGAGGAGAUGUGGUGAUUCUAUAUGCUUCUGUCCAUGAUGAUGUGGGCACAAUUGUUAAUUUAUCGGGCCGGUUUGAUUUAAGAAAAGGCAUUGAAGAACGGAUAGGGGAAGGGUCUAUCGAUAAAAUAAACAAAGAAGGCUACCUUGAUGUCAAGGAUAAAUCUGAAAAUGCCAGCUACAGGGUAACCAAAGAAAGUUUGAUGGAACGGCUUAAUACUGAUAUGCGCGCUGCAAGUGUUUCCAUAAGCAAGGGAUGCAGGUUCUUAACAGUCCAUGGCUCAGCUGAUAAGACCAUACCCGUAGAAGAUGCCCAUGAGUUUGCGAAGCAUAUACCCAACCAUGAACUGCGUGUCAUAGAAGGAGCAAAUCAUAACUACACCUCACAUCGCAAAGAAGUUGCUGAUGCAGUAGUAGAUUUCAUCACGUCCAAUGUAACCGUAUAAUAAGGCUGGGGGAUGAAUGUCAUUCCAGACCACUUGGUCAUGCACCUAUCGAUCCCCUCCAUCAUGGGGCAAUACUGGUACUAGGUGUCUAUUAUCUUCUGAACCGAAAACCCCAUGUCAUGCAGGUUUGAUAUGAUGAUGUUGCUCGUAUGUGCUCUUAAGAAUUACUGUAAAUAUUGAACUCCUGGUAGACUUGUAUGCCGCAGCUCGCAGUUUAUAUAGGCUCAUAUCUCUAUAGUUUUUUUUUCUUUCUUCUUUGUUCGAGGGCUCUAUUCCCUUGCUCUUUUUUGCCUGGUUCAUGUAAGUUUUCUUCCUUGUACCCUAUAGUUAUUUAAUUUAUUUAAAUUUGGCACUGUGGACUAUUUUGUAC